AUGGAGGACAACAAACUCAAGUCCAACACAUUUACAGACGAAGGCAGGCUCCCUCAGAUCGAGUUCGCCAUCAAGAAUGUAUCUAAGGCAGGAACCAUAAUAGGAUACGUAUGUGUGGACGGCAUUGUCCUCAUAGGAAUAAAUAAGGAGCCUACAAACGGGCCAAUGGAAAAGAUCUACCAACUGAGCGAUAAUAUUUAUUGCGCAUUGUGUGGGCUAUUUGGCGAUGCAAUGAGGAUCAAGAGAUACGCGCGGGUGAAGGCCCAGGAAGUUUUGGAGAAGUUUGGGGUGGAGUGCCCUCUCAUAACACUGUGUAAAGCCAUUGGGCAGAAAAAACAGGCUUUUACUCAAUAUGCAGGGACACGGCCUUUUGGGGUUUCCUUUCUAUAUGCUGGUGUUGUAAAUGGGGAGUAUGCCCUAUUUUCCACAGAUCCAAGCGGAACAUUAAACAGGUGGAGGGGAAUGUGCUAUGGAGAAAACGAAGAGGCCAUAAAUGGAGGACUUAGAAACGACUUCCCCGAUGAGGAGAUGGAAAUGAAGGCGGCAACCAUCGAAAUACUGAAGCUCCUUGGGAAGAUUCGGGAGCUGGGGCCAAAGGAGGCAGACAGGAUGGAAGUUUUGCACUUUUCCAAGGAGAACAAGAGGUUUCUUCCGCACGAUGAGAUUUUAAGGUUUCUUGAAGAAGUUCAUGCCAAAUAA